AUGAAAGAACCACCCAGUUUCAGCUACAAUAUUCAGUAUGAAGUUACAUGUGUUUAUAUCCUAAACUUGUCAUCUAUUUUUUUCCUUAAGGGUGUGAUUACUUUAGAAUCCCUUGGUAAAAGGGGUUAUCGGGUACCUCCUUCAGGAACCAUACAAGUGACCUUAUUUAACCCUAAUAAGACUGUGGUGAAAAUGUUUGUGGUGAUCUAUGACUUACGAGAGAUGCCAGCCAAUCAUCAAACAUUCCUACGACAAAGGACUUUUUCUAUUCCUGUGAGACGAGAAGUAAAGAGAAGUAUCAAUAAAGAAAACAUUCGGCAGACUGAAGAAAGGCUACUACGCUACCUCAUACAUCUGAGGUUCCAGAGUUCCAAAUCUGGAAAGAUCUACCUCCACAGAGAUGUAAGGCUCCUGUUCUCUCGGAAAUCAAUGGAAGUUGAUAGUGGUGCUGCGUAUGAACUCAAAUCUUACACUGAAUCUCCAACAAACCCUCAGUUUUCACCAAGAUGUUAGCAAGCAGUGAAAAUCAGAGUAUUAAUUGAAUUACCAGAUUACUGUUUACAAGCAAAACUUUGGCAUGGAAUACAGUGUAAAAUGAAAUAUGUAAAGAAAUGAAAGUAGUGCUCAAGUGAGAGUCAAUACUCUUCUGUGAUCCUGGACCAGUUUUUGUAAAAGGUUUCUGGAAUGAGCUUUGUGUAUUCCAAGUAGACUGGAAACAAAUACUUAAAUCUAAUCUUUUUGUACUGUUUAAAACCACUUCAUUGGAUGUGUUGCAAUAGCAAAUUCCCAAGUUAGUUUAGUGUUUACACCUUUUAUUUUAUUUUAUUUUAUUUUAUUUUUCAGUUAUUUAAUAUUUAAUGUUUCAUUUAAUACUCAAGUGAUGUUUGUCUUUAGUGUUCUAAUGUAGCACAAAUCCUAUGUAAAAUCAUAUUAUGUAUUUUUGACAUUAAUAUUGAAAUCUGAAAUAUAUACAGAAGUCUUUAAUUCUGCGUGAUGUGUUUUUAAGUGAUAUUCAUUUAAGUUAUUGAAAAUUAGGAUGAAAUUUUGAACUUCCAUAACAUUAUCAUACUAUGCAAGCAUGUGGUUUUCCUUGUUUUCACUCUCUAAUUUUAGUGACACCCCAUUCUCAUUGCUUCCCACACACAAAUCCUUUUAUAACACAUGCAGCCAUAAUACAGAAUGUGUUUCUUUAGCUACUCACUAGUUCAAAUCAUUGACCCAGUUCAUAUUUUGCUCCUUUAAUUUUUUUGUUUCCCCCGAGUGGAUGCUCUACUAAGAACAUUUCUGGUUCUGUUCUAGUUAAUAUAAAAAUGUCACACAAAAUUACUAUUCUAUACCUGAUUUUCUCGAUUGUUUAAAAAUGUACCGUGAAAACAAAUUAGUACUUAUAUCUUAAAUAUAUGCAAAAACU